AUGGCUGCUUACAAUGUUGUCCACAAUGUUCCCUUGCCCUAUCCCUUCAAUGGCGAAAACGAUACCCAUAUACCAUCACUUCAUGCUCCAAGUGUUCUGGGAGACAGACGUGAAGGCCUCGACGACGAUAUAGAUGUGCGACAGGGGGAGCUUAGAGAUUUGCUUGGUCACAGUGGUGAACUAGCUGCAGCUGAAGUAAUUGCCAGAAUGGAAAACCUUUUUACUCAUGCUUUUGGCAACACAAUCCUUGACAAGCUCCCUGGCACCAUAUACACGGAAGUCAUAAAGGGAGAUGAAGGAGCUGAACCACCUUGCCUGAGCAUACGAGGACCUGACUAUCGUCUGCCCCACUUCCAGGACUAUGAGGCCCGCUGGAUCGAAAUCACAACUGUUCGGGAAAGAUGGGGAAGAGUUCGCUACCCCUUCAUUCACACCGUUCACAAUGAAGAGAAGCUUACCCUUGGGGGGAGUGUGUUUGAAAGGUCUUGGUAUGGGAAUGGCAUUAUAACUGAGAUUCUCCUGGUGACCCCGUCAUAUGUCGUGUUCAACGAGGAUGCUCAAGGCAAUGCGGCAGGCGAUGAACCCAUGGGGAAGGGAGGAGCUUGA